CCGGUUGUCGUGACAACAACAAUCAUUUGACACUUGGGUUAUGUGUCAAAAUCACAAUAUAUAACACGCGUUGUCUUGGUAACUACAAGUUAUAUCUUUGACAAUUCUUUGACACACUGUCAAAGCGGUGUUAUUCAACCGAAGUUUCAAAUAUCAGCGCGGUAAACGUCACGACACACCCGCCGGCUCGACCAAUGAGGGCCCGGCGUCGUGCCAAGCCUUCUUAAUCGAUUUUAUAAAUAACCUAACACAUUUUGCGCAAUAAUCUCGGUUCGCCUUGACUUUUAGACGAUUCGAGUUAUGUUUAAAUAGAAUGAAAGGAUUUCCGCGAUAAAUUCGUUGUAAUAUUGGCACAUUUUGUGCAAUUAACGUAAAACACGUGACUUGGUGACGUCACGUGGCUUCGAGGGCGUCCUAAGGUCGAGCUUUCCACGGAUUUCCAUCGUAGCUUUUCCGCGUGACGUGCGAUUUUCCCGAAUUGUAACAGAUUUUUCUGAUUUGGAUUGUUGGCUCAAACGUGAUGGAUUCUGAGAAGAAGGAAUUAGAUAGUAAAGACUCAAACACCAACACUUCAACAACAGCUUCGGCCGUUUCAAAGAUUGAUUCGGGUUUCAACGGCAAGCUCAUCUUUGCGAUCAUUGCGUCAGCUCUGGGGUCCUCCUUCCAGCAUGGGUACAACACGGGAGUCAUCAACACCCCCCAAACAGUUUUAGAGGAAUGGAUUUCACAAGUUGUGGGGAACCGUACUGGCAUCCCCCCAUCGGCCUCCUCGGUGACCCUCGUUUGGUCCCUCGCCGUCUCAAUUUUCUGCGUGGGGGGCAUGAUCGGGGGCGUAUGCACCGGCUACGUCGCUGACCGAUUUGGUCGCAAAGGGGGCCUUCUCCUCAACAACAUCCUUGUCUUCUUAGCUACUAUCUGUCUCGGUUCUGCUAAAGCCGCCUCUUCGCAUGAACUUCUCAUUCUCGGAAGAUUCCUCAUUGGGAUAAACUCGGGGCUAAAUGCCGGUCUCGCCCCCAUGUACCUUGCCGAAAUCUCCCCCAUUAACCUGCGAGGGGCUGUCGGGAGUGUCUACCAACUAGUCAUCACGAUUUCGAUCCUUGUUGCACAAGCCCUGGGGCUGAAAUAUGUCUUGGGGACCCCCGAACAUUGGCCCGUGUUGUUUGCCCUGACUGCUGUUCCAGCGCUGUUUCAAGUCGUGACGCUUCCCUUGUGCCCCGAGUCCCCCAAGUACUUGUUGGCGUCCAAGGGGAAUGAAAUGGAGGCUCAGAAAGCCCUGGCUUGGCUCAGAGGCAGUUUGGCCGUCCAGGAGGAGAUGGAACAAAUGAAAGCGGAGAAUGACGCGGCCAAGUUAUUGCCAAAGGUCACAGUGAGGGAGCUGUUGACCAAUAGGGCACUCCGAAUUCCGCUAAUAAUUUGUUUAUGUGUGAUGAUAGCGCAACAAUUGAGUGGAAUCAACGCUGUUAUUUUCUUCUCGACUUCGAUUUUUAAGGAUUCGGGACUUAAGGAUGACAGUGCGACUUUUGCAACGAUGGGAAUGGGCGCGAUUAAUGUCCUCAUGACGAUUGUAUCCUUGGUCCUUGUCGAGAAAGCAGGACGAAAAACGCUACUUCUCAUCGGAUUUGGCGGUAUGGCCAUUGAUACUCUUCUCCUAACCAUAGCGAUGAAACUGACGACCGUCGAGCCAAAUUUGAGCUACUUAUGCAUCGUCCUUGUUUUUAUUUACAUAAUUAUGUUCGCCUCCGGCCCUGGUUCAAUCCCUUGGUUUUUGGUUGCGGAGCUUUUCAAUCAAUCGGCGAGGCCUACAGCCGCCUCUUUAGCCGUUUGUACCAACUGGACGGCUAACUUUUUGGUCGGUUUGGCCUUCUUACCAAUUACGAACGAAAUUGGCCCGUACGUUUUCAUAAUCUUCGUCAUUCUAAACUGCUUAUUCUUCCUUUUCAUCUACAAGAAGGUUCCAGAGACGAAAAAUAAAACCAUCGAAGAGAUUUCGGCUCUGUUUAGACAACAGUCGUACCAGUAAUUUGGAUAUUUACUUGUAAAUAUUGACUGAGGUAAAAAUAUAGUCUUAAGUUAGGAGAAUUAUUUUUGAAUACAUUCGUAGUUAUUUAUUGUGGCAGAUCUUCGAAAUGAAUAGUAUCUUUGUGUGGUUAGGUUUUAAGGGGAUCUGUGUGAGGCUCUCUUUUAGGAUUCUAGUUUCCCGAAUAAUUUAUUUAUUUAUUUAGGUUGUGGUAAUGCUAUGAAUGUCUGCUACUAAUUACGCAAUUGUACUAUUCGAUACGAACUAAAAAUGAAACCAAAAAAAAAACAUAAGUGUUCGAUGUGAAUCAGGUUAUCACUUUUUGUACAAUUCCUUUAAGCAAUUUACCGACCUGAGUUUAUUUUAAUAAUGAUAUUGCAAAUAAUGUGUGUGCUAUGUGUAUGUGUGUAGGUGUAAUAUUUGUUUAUAAAAUAAGUUUAAAAAAAUAAAUUUUAAGUUUUUCAAA